GCUGCUGGUUGAACACAGGCCGCAGUGAUUUGGUAGCCGCUGCAGUGGGAGGAAGGACCGCGGUUCUACCCUUUCUAUCUUUCAGUUUCGCGUCAAAAUUCUUUCGGUGAUUCCUUGUGGUAGCGAUCCGUGUACAGUAUCUGUGUUCUAUGAUAACUACGUCGUAGUAUUACUAACAGACAGUGAUAUCAAUCGCCAUUUUAAUCGCACGUUUUCCCUGACAGAAGCGCUAGCACAACAAUGGCUCUGAAAAGAAUUCACAAGGAGUUGAACGACUUGGCACGGGAUCCACCAGCCCAGUGUUCUGCAGGACCAGUAGGAGAUGACAUGUUUCACUGGCAAGCCACAAUAAUGGGACCUAAUGACAGUCCUUACCAGAGCGGGGUUUUCUUCUUGACCAUACACUUCCCCACAGACUACCCCUUUAAACCGCCAAAGGUUGCAUUCACCACAAGAAUCUACCACCCAAAUAUCAACAGCAAUGGCAGCAUUUGUCUUGACAUCCUGCGAUCACAGUGGUCUCCAGCUCUCACCAUCUCCAAAGUCCUCCUGUCCAUCUGCUCUCUGCUGUGUGACCCCAACCCGGAUGACCCAUUAGUACCUGAGAUCGCCCGCAUCUACAAGACUGACAGGGAAAAGUACAACAAAAUAGCUCGGGAAUGGACACAAAAGUAUGCAAUGUAGUGUUGGGGUAGAAUCAUGGCCAACCAUCUCUACAACACAAGGUUAGGGGAGUUCAGAUGUAAAGAGAAAACAAACAAAAAAACCAUACAAACAAAUGAAAAGUUUAAAACAAGAUCUCGUUGGUUUCCAUUGGAGUGCUUUCUUUGAGCCACACCUCCCCUUCACCAGAGUACCUAUAAAACUCCCUCAGCCCUCUAUUCUCUCUCUCUCCCUCUCUCCUUCCUCUCACUAUCUCUCUGUUCGACUGUCUCUCCCUUUCCCCUCACGCCUCUCAGCUCACCUACCCACCCUCCAGUGUACAAAUUGUCAACUUGCAAUGGUAAAGCCCAUCCCCUGCUCACCUGUGUAACACCCUCACCUGCCCUUACAACCUCUGAUCCCGGUUCCUGACUUCUGUAUUUCCUUUCAUUUUGUCACAUUUUGCCCCUUCCCACAGAAAUCUCCCAUUUUAUUUUUUUCUUGCACACACCUGCACCCUUCCCCACCCUUGCCUGAUGUUAAUCACUAGAAGCAUUCCUUUAAGCAUCUUUACACCUUUUGAGGGGACAGUUUUCCCUUUUUUAUUUUCAAUAUUCUUUUAGGGGGGGAGGGGGAAAAUUAGAGGGAUUUUUACACUCUUUGUUUUGUUGUCCUUUAUAAAUCCCAUCUUUACAGGUGACAACUCAUGAAAGGAGUUUUUCACACGCGAAACGAAGGGCACUCUGUAUUUUCUACAAUAAGUACUUCGAGAAAUCAUUGCAGGCUAUGUAGAAUAAGGUGGACAUGCACAUGGCCUAUUUUGGUUUUUGUUGAAUUCUGUGAACGGACUUGAAUUUAUCCCCUCACUUCCUGCUCCUCACACCCCUCUCCCAAACCACCUUACUCAAGUUGACCUCUUUGUACACCAACACACAUGCAGACAACUGUAACCCCAUGUCACUACCACCACAUUUUUCUUUUUCACAAAGUGGAGGUUCUGGACCAGGUAUUUAAGCAAUUUAUUUUUCUUAGUUUAACCUGUGUUUUUAUUCCCUACCCCAUAACUUAGGUUGCAUUUUUUUUUUUCUUUUUCUUUUUUUUGCUAUUGUUAAUUUAGAGGCUAACAUCUUAAAUGGCUAUGGAACUGGCUUGGGCUCUGGGUGCGAGGAGAACCCACUCUUCUUGCACAAAACCUCUGUAUAUUGAAUUACCUGAGAGGCUCGUUGAGCUUUGUGUGUUGAUUAAACUGUGUAAUAAAAAUCCAUGACUCCUG